CUCAAGCUCGAUUGUCUUCCUGCUUUAGACAGAAACAUGGUACGGCUCACGGAGGGUGCUGCGCGUGGAAGGAAAACGUCGCUAAUCGACUCUCAGCUGGACUUCUAACUCAUCAUGCCGCGUUAUACCAGGGUCCUGCUUCUAGUUUUGUGUGUGAGUCUGAUCGGGGAAUGCCGGAAACACAGAAGUAGGAAAAAACGGUGGUCGGCACCGGCCGGGACUCAUAAGCCAGCAAAGGAACUUGCUGGAACACCUGACACUGUUGUUAUUGUAAGGCCAGGCUCUGAGACCAGGAUGGAGGACAGUCCUCUAUCAAAGAAAGUUGUGGAUGGAACUAAAAGCCGGAAGGUAAAGACCAGCCACCUCCUGCGCAUUGAUGAACACGAUUUCACCAUGAGGCCCGCAUUUGCAGGUCCAGCUGUCCCUGUUGGGGUGGACGUUCAGGUGGAGAGUUUGGACAGCAUAUCAGAGGUAGACAUGGACUUCACCAUGACUCUGUACCUGAGGCACUACUGGAAAGAUGAAAGGCUGGCAUUCCCAAGCACUACAAACAAAAGCAUGACCUUUGAUGGUCGCCUGGUGAAGAAAAUAUGGGUACCUGAUGUGUUCUUUGUCCAUUCCAAGAGGUCCUUCAUCCACGACACCACUACUGACAACAUCAUGUUAAGGGUCUUCCCAGAUGGUCAUGUUCUAUACAGUCUGAGAGUAACAGUUACUGCAGCUUGCAACAUGGAUUUUAGUCGUUUCCCUCUGGACUCACAGACAUGUACACUGGAGCUGGAGAGUUGUCCAGCUAUGUUCAUUCAGAUGACUGCUGUUUCCAUUCCUACUUUCUGUCCUGCAGAUGCUUACACAGAUGAGGACCUGAUGCUUUAUUGGAAAAGUGGCGAUGAGUCCCUGAGCACAGAUGACAGGAUUUCUCUGUCUCAGUUCCUGAUUCAGAAGUUUCACACUACCUCCAGGCUGGCUUUCUACAGCAGCACAGGUUGGUACAACCGUCUGUACAUCAACUUCACGCUGCGGCGUCACAUCUUCUUUUUUCUACUGCAGACCUACUUCCCUGCUACUCUAAUGGUGAUGCUGUCCUGGGUGUCCUUCUGGAUUGACCGCAGGGCUGUCCCUGCCAGAGUCUCAUUAGGUAUAACUACGGUGCUCACCAUGUCCACCAUCAUUACUGGAGUGAAUGCUUCCAUGCCCAGGGUCUCCUACAUCAAAGCUGUGGACAUUUACCUCUGGGUCAGUUUUGUCUUCGUCUUCCUGUCUGUGCUAGAAUACGCUGCCGUAAACUACCUGACAACUUUGAGGGAUGGGAAAGACCGCAAACUCAGAGAAAAGGUUAAGGAACAGUCCCGGACACUCCCUUGCACAUGUGGCAUGCCCCAUACCAAGACCAUGAUGCUUGAUGGGACAUACAGUGAGGAAGAUGCCAACAGUCUGGCGGGAUACACAAGAGCCUCGAUGGUUGCCGAGGACAUAUCAGAUAAACAGGAACAGAUGGUAGUGCAUCUGUCUUUGGACAACGAGUCCACUGGCACCAAGAAGAAGGGCAUCCGUGGCUUCCGGAUCAUUCAGAACACCCACACCAUUGACACAUAUUCUCGUAUGAUUUUCCCAGGCUCAUAUAUCCUCUUCAACCUGAUCUACUGGUGUGUGUACUGUUGAGAAUUUUAGCUCAAAUUGUAGUAGUGAAAGAAAAUUACUGUGAAACCAUUCUGUGGGACGUAAGCCUGAGGUUUACCUGUUCAAGUUUGCCAGGAUGGCCUAUCAAAGACAUCUGGGAGUGAAUACUACCCAUUUCAUUGUUGGACUGGACAUUCGAUAUAGCUUAUUUUUUAAUUUUUAUUAAUGAAUCCUUUAUUUAUCCAGGUAAAAAUCUCACUGAGAUUCAAAACUCAUUUCCAAGAAAGACCUGGCAUCAUGGCAGCAAAAGACCUGUUCCUGCCUCACAAGCUAAUAUGUACCCAAGUCACGCUGAGAGAAAACUCAUGGGGCUGGUUGCACAUUCACUCUAAUACAGCGGUCCCCAGCCCCCGAGCCACGGUCCGGUGCCGUGAGCCGUUUGGUACCGGGCCGCAAGAGUUGAGGCUCGGGUGUGAAAUUUAUGGUCUUCAGGGCUU